CCCGGGGCGGCUGGGUACGGUGGCCGGCUGGGACCGGCACUUGGCGUUUCCCGGCAACCUUUGCACUCUGUUGUUCGUGACCCAACCAACAUGGCUACCGCCGCCUGCGGGGACGGAGCCCGGCUCUGAUCUUCGGCGGAGGAGCGGCCCCAGCGCCCGCGAUGGAUUUCUCCAAGUUCCUGGCCGAUGACUUCGAGGUGAAGGGCUGGGUGAACGGAGCCUUCCGGGCCGUGCAGCAGCAGGAUGCCCCCGGCAAAGUGGACGCCCAUGCCGCUACCUUGGUGAUGAAGUUGCAGCUCUUCAUCCAGGAGGUCAACAACGCCGUGGAAGAAACAAGCCACCAAGCACUCCAGAACAUGCCCAAAGUCCAUCGGGAUGUGGAAGCCUUGAAACAGGAGGCAACUUUCCUGAAGGAACAAAUGAUCCUUGUUAAGGAGGACAUUAAGAAAUUUGAAGAGGACACAGCUCAGUCAAUGCAGGUCCUGGUAGAGCUUGAUCGAGUGAAAUCCAGAAUGCAGCUGGCUGCUGAGUCCCUCCAGGAGGCAGACAAGUGGAGCACACUGAGUGCAGAUAUUGAGGAAACUUUUAAAACACAAGAUGUGUCUGUGAUCUCUGCCAAGUUAACAGGCAUGCAGAACAGCCUAGCGAUGCUUGUGGACACUCCAGACUACUCUGAGAAAUGUGUGCACCUAGAGGCUCUGAAGAACCGACUAGAGGCCAUGGCCAGCCCCCAGAUUGUGGCCACUUUCAAUGCUCAGUCUGUAGACCAGGCAAAAGUGUUUGUGAAAGUCUUCAAUGAAAUUGAUCGGAUGCCCCAACUCCUGGCUUAUUACUACAAAUGUCACAAGGUGCAGCUGGUGACGGUCUGGCAGGAUCUUUGCCAAAGCGACUUAAGUUUAAAUCGGCAGCUGACUGAACUAUAUGAUACUCUGCUUGGAACGUGGCACUCACAACUCCAGUGGGUCAUGCAGGUUUUUAAGAACCCCCAUGAAAUUGUGACUGUGCUGCUGAUCCAAACAUUAGGUGCCUUGGUGCCUUCAAUCCCAGUCUGCCUCAGCACUGCAAUGGAGAGAGCCGGCCAGGAAACCAAACUAAGCAAGCUGCUGGAGCUGCAUGACACCACUGCCCACUUCGCAAGAGGCUUGGAAGUAGCAAUGCUGUCUAACUUAAAAGAGCAUAACCUGGUGAAAGUGAUGGAACUGGUGGUAGUAGUGUAUGGUCCGUAUAAGCCCUACCAACUGCGGUACGGAGACCUGGAAGAAGAAAAUCUCCUCAUCCAGAUCAGUGCAGUGCCCUUGGAGCACUGGGAAGUAAUUGACUGUGUCCAGGAGCUGAGCCACUCGGUGAACAAACUCUUCAGUCUGGCUUCUGGAGCCAUCGACAACUGCGUUAAACUCACUGAUGGGCUGGGGGUGUGUGGGCUGCUGAAGGCACUGAAAGCUCUGUUCAAAAAGUAUGUGUCUGACUUCACUACUACUUUGCAGUCCAUAAGAAAGAAGUGCAAACUGGAUGAUAUCGCCUCGGAUUCCCUCUUCCAGGAGGAUUGGACUGCAUUCCAAAACUCUAUCAGGAUAAUAGCUACUUGUGGUGAACUCCUUCGGCAGUGCGGAGACUUUGAGCAGCAGCUAGCAAACAGGAUUUUAUCCACUGCUGGGAAGUAUCUGUUGGACUCCUACAGCCCUUGUAGUCUGUCUGGCUUUCAGGAUGCCAGCUCUGCAGAGAAGAAGAGCUCAGUCAAGAACCCCUGGCAGGAAUACAAUUACCUCCUGAAGGAGACUCCGUCUGAGUAUGCCAGCCUCAUGGAAACACUCCAUACCCUAAAGGAGAAAGGGACGAGUAACCAUAACCUGUUGUCUGCAUCUCGGUCUGCCCUUACCCACCUCAACCAGCUAGCGCACCAGUUGGCGUUUGACUCUGUUUUCCUUCGCAUCAAACAGCAGCUCUUACUGAUUUCCAAGAUGGAGGGCUGGAGCUCAGCUGGCAUUGGUGAGACACUAACAGAUGACCUGCCAAACUUCAGUCUGACUCCUCUUGAGUACAUCAGCAAUAUUGGACAAUAUAUCAUGUCCCUCCCACUUCACCUCGAGCCAUUUGUUACUCAGGAAGAUUCCGCUCUGGAACUAGCCUUACAUGCUGGAAAACUGCCGUAUCCGCCAGAGCAAGCAUCUAGGAGUCUCCAUCAUGGACCAGGACCCCAUUGUGCUCAGCACUGUACAGACACAGAAGAAAGUGGUCCCUGCUCUGAAGAGCUUCAUACUUCUUUUGCCCUGUAUAGUUUCAAGCGACCCUGAGAGUCUGUGGUGAGGAUGAGGGCAGGCAAUAGGCACUUUUCCUGCCUAUCUCUUCUACUUUCCAGACAUCGAUGCCUGACCCUGCAGAAGACCUCUGCAGGGCUGGGGUGCUGCAGAAGCAAUGACUCUUCGCUGAAUCCCAACUCACCCCUGUGGAAGACAGGAGAGGUCCAAGCAGAAGGUCCCCUCUGAGCAGGCAAUUCCAGAGGAAUAAACAAGCCUGUGGCACAGAGAAAGGCUGGAGGUUUAUUAUAUGUAGCCUUUUCACCUCUGCUGUCCUGCCACCAGUUAGACAUCUGCUUGCUAAAUCCCGGAUCAGGAAACCCCUUGUCUCACAAACUGGCAUAACCAAAAUACACUGGAAGCCAGAGAGAUUGGCAAAAGCAAACUAGUAAAUAUUUCCCCCUCUUUUAAAAAAAUCCAUUAAAAAAUUUAGAUUGAUUAGAUUAGAUUAAAAUUAAAACACACCUGAAUUCCACUGGGUAAUUUCCAACUUUGUUCAUAGAAUCAUAGAUUAGGGCUAGCAGAGACUGCAGGAGGUCAUCUAGUCCAACCCACUGCUCAAAGCAGGACCAACCCCAACUAAAUCAUCCCAGCCAGGGCUUGGUCAAGCCUGAUCUUAAAGACCUCUAAGGAAGAAGAUUCUACCACCUCCUUAGGUAACCCAUUCCAGUGCUUCACCGCCCUCCUAGUGAAAUAGUGUUUCCUAAUAUCCAACCUAAACCUCCCCCACUGCUACUUGAGACCAUUACUCCUUGUUCUGUCAUCAGGUACCACUGAGAACAGCUGAGCUCCAUCCUCUUUGAAACCCCCCUUCAGGUAGUUGAAGGCUGCUAUAAAAUCCCCCCUCACUCUUCUCUUCUGCAGACUAAAUAAGCACAGUUCUCUCAGUCUCUCCUUGUAAGUCAUGUGCCCCAGCCUCUGAUCAUUUUUGUUGUCCUCUGCUGGGCUCUCUCCAAUUUGUCUACAUCCUUUCUGUAGUGGGAGGACCAAAACUGGAUGCAAUACUCCAGAUGUGGCCUCACCUGUGUCAAAUAGAGGGGAAUAAUCACUUCCCUCGAUCUGCUGGCAGUGCUCCUACUGAUGCAGCCCAAUAUGCCACUGGCCUUCUUGGCAACAAGGGCACACUGCAGACUCAUAUCCAGCUUCUCAUCCACCGUAUCCCCAGGUCCUUUUCUGCAGAGCUGCCACUUAGCCAGUUGGUCCCCAGCCUGGAGCAGUGCAUGGGAUUCUUCUGUCCUAAGUGCAGGACUCUGUACUUGUCCUUGUUGAACCUCAUCAGAUUUCUUUUGGCCCUAUCCUCCAAUUUGUCUAGGUCACUCUGGUCCCUAUCCCUACCCUCCAGUGUAUCUACCUCUCCUCCCAGCUUAGUGUCAUCUGUGAACUUGCUGAGGGUGCACUCCAUCCCAUCCUCCAGAUCAUUAAUGAAGAUGUUGAACAAAACUGGCCCCAAGACCAACUCCUGGAGCACUCUGCUUGAUACCGGCUGCCAACUAUAGACAUUGAGCUGUUGAGCCCAACAAUCUAUCCAGCUUUCUGUCCACCUUAUAGUUCAUUCAUCCAAUCCAUACUUGGUAGACCAGACUAGCUGGAUGCCCUGGGAUCUGCAUUUGCUCCGCUGUUUAUUCACUCUUCCCACUGAUCAAAUAAGAAUUUGAAAUUGAGAGGUGCAGAGUCUGGUCUUGUUUCAGUUCUAAAAAUCUACCACUGAAGGGGAUCCUGAGCUCACGCAGCUCUGUGUAUCAAUGGCUCAUUUACUUGAGGGGCUCAGCUUUAUGGGGAAGCUGCCUGACCCCAAUUGUGUCUGAUAAUUUUGAGAUUCAAACGUUACCCUGAAAUGAACAUACACACAAUUGUCCUCCCUCCUGACUGCUUGACGGGAGAUUCCCUUUCUCCUUUCCCCACAUUCACUGUCCUUUCUCCCUCUUGAUCUCUGCCCCACUCACAUUCUCCUCCGUGCCCCACCAGAGUCUCCCAACUCCCACCUGUCCCCCUCAGCCUCCCACCCUUCGAAUUCUUCUUUGCCCCCCAUUCCUUGCUGCACCUUACUGCAUCCUAAUCCCACGGGUUCCUCUGCCCCCUUUAGUCUUCCCUGGUGCCCCAUUCCUCUUUCCUACAGCCACCCUCCUUACUCUACUAGAUUGUGCUGGCCCCCUUCAUGUGCCCUUUGCAGCACCCUCCCUGCCCCCCCAUGACCUGCUUCUCCCACUGUCACUCCUUGUCCCACUGCCGUUCAUCCCUCUCGCUGCCUCCUGACAGCACAAAGGAGGGGCCGUUUUUAUUAAGCCCAAUCUGGCAUUAGUCCAAUUGGAAACAAUGGGAGGUAGCAUCCAUCUUUGCUUAGGGCAGCCUCAUUGCUGCCUGCAAAGGCUAUUUUAAUUGAGGACAGUUUUGUGGCUUCACCUCAUUAAGAACAAUAGAGUGGCAACCAUUUUGAAAAAGGGCAAAGCUGUGCAAGUUGGUUCCUAAUUAUCCCCAGAAGCUUUAAAAAAGAAAAACGCACACGGCAACUCUGCUACUUUCUCGUGUGUGUGUGUGCACUGAUGGGAAAUGCAUUCUGCUGGCCACCUAUUUGGAAUAGCUCACUGAGAUAACUGUUACUGUAAGAGGGGCCAUGGAUUCCUUUCAAUGCUUUCUCUCUGUUCAAGUAACUUGUACAUUCCUGGCCAGAUAUUUUUCACUCCUCUUGCUGCCGUGGUUAAAAUGUAUCCACAGCCCUUCCUCUAACCCUCCUCCCCCUAUAGUCCAUCAAACCAGCAGUGAGGCUACCAUAAAGUUAUUGCAGCAUAAACCGAACAUUUUAGCUAGUCCUCUUUGUGCAAGGGAACUUUCCUCUUUCAGGUCUCAGUGGAAGAAGCUGGUUGGAGUCCUGUCAGCACAACUCCAGCAGAGCUCUGCCACCAGAGAGAACAACAGGAGUUAGUGCAGAGUCGUCUCUGUGCAGAGAGCAGAUCGGGGGGUGGGGGCUAAACCUUCUGCUUUGGUGUUAGGUCCAUGUGGGGACAAAUCUCUCCCCAUCCCCGACACACACUUCUCAAGUGGAAACCUUGGGAGGACACACAAUGGAGUUUCUUCUCCCAAACCCUUCCUGUGGGUAUUUCCUGGGAGGGUUCAAUCAGACACACUGAACUAAGACCUAGGAUUCAGACAGUUCCAUCCAGAAAGAAAUAAUGCUCUGAACUCUGAAAAUAAAUGGUAAAGAAGGCUUUAAGAAAAGAUCAAAUUACAAGUCAACCCCUUGUUAGCUCACUUCGAUUAGAACGUAAGCUACCCCAUUCCUGCUGGACACACAGUGAUUGCCCAUCACAUGGAUAACAUGUUCACAGCUCUGCAGGAUAUGGGAAUAACAACAUUUUCAAAUUAGGGAAGCAAAUUACAGUUUAUAUAAACCAGAAAGCUUUGCACAACAGGUGGGAAUGUUUUCAGGGUUUCACAGAGUCAUUUACCCAAUCAGGUGGCUAAUAGUUUGGUCUAGAUGCCCAUGGCUUGCCCAAACUAUAUUCAAAUGUUCCUUCUCCCUCACAUCUUUGGUUUGGCAGUUUUGUUGUUCACUCAGUGCCUGAACUUGUUCUCAGCUUGUUCUUUCUAUUAACAACAUGAGAUUGGUGAGACACUAAGAUAUUUUCUUUCUAUUGUGAAAGUUAGGUCAACAUCUGACUGGGAACUGUCAGAGACCCAACCUCUUUCCACUAAGGCACUCGUAAUAUUUGGUUACUACUGAACAGGACUGGAUCAAGAACCAGUGACUUGGGUGAACAGCAGGUUCCUUAUUGCCAAUCAUCCUAGUCAGCCAGGAUCACGGCACAGACUUCUGAACUACAGAUGCUUUUCAAAAAUGUUCUGAGUAAUCUGAAAUUGCAGAUACACUCAGGAACAUCACUGUUCAUUAAUUAGCCUUUCACUUUACUACCCAGACAGCCACCAUUCAUAAUUCAUAACACAUGCAUAAACUCUAAUAUUACAAUACCAUAAAGCCUAUGUUUCUUACAUCCACGAUUGAAGGGUUUCCUCUGUUUCUCUUCAAGUAAAUGCUCCCCAGAAGUUUCAUAACAAACGUAUUCUCUUUAAAAUAAACUACAAUGUUUCUAUAGUCUUCUGAAUAUUUAAAUCUUUUCAUUUACAAAAUUACAAUCAGUUAAAAUGCAGCAUAUGUACAUCAUUGAAUACUUAUCCUUUUCAGAUUAAAACCCCUAAAGUGUUUACUUAUAUUUCUUUGUUCACAAUUUUGCAGCAGUCAUUAUCUUGAAUGUAUUUGUAUUUAUCCAUCUAACAAACGGCCCUUUUAAAAGUGACUUUGUAGCUCAUAUUUCCAAUACUUUCAGCACCCUUUUGUAUUCUCUUGCAACUAGUUGUUUUCACAGAAUUAGCCAUCAUAUCCUAGAUUCAGAUGACUUAUUUUAGAAUGUUUUCCUAUCAUUUAAAACCAUGUCAAGUAGUUCAAACACAACAUCUAAUUGUUUAUUUACUUACCCUAAUGUUUUUCAUUAUUUUCUAAAUAUUCAAUUAAAAUUUUCUUUGGGAUUCA